AUGGCAGUGCAAAGUGAGGCUAUUUUGGCAGAGGAAGUUGACCUGAGAGAUUUGAAACUAAACUUGACGUUUGGAAUUGGAGAGGGAAGAAUGAGAGAGGUGAGGUCAUAUUGUUUCAUUAGGUACAAGUGUCAAGCAUGCCGAGAUGAAGGUUGGAAAAGCUGGUCUCUUUUGCCUGAGGACGAGUACUGCAUACCAAAAGAUAUUCCGAAAGGUCAUCUAGCAGUUUAUGUAGGUGAAGACUGCAAAAGAUAUGUCAUCAAGGUUACUUUACUCAAGCAUCCUCUCUUCAAGGCAUUGCUUGAUCGCACUGAGGAGGUUUUUGGGUUCACCACAGGGUCAAAACUCUGCAUUCCAUGCAAUGAGAGCAUGUUCAAAACCAUUCUACACUGUAUAAACUCUCAACAGGAUCAUUAG